GACAGAUCCUGUCACUUGAGAACCAUGUGAGAUCGUGGCUGAUAAAAUAAAUAAAUAAAAUAUUAACUUUAUCUCUCUGAAUAUAUAUUUUUAAGUGCUACCGUCUAAUAAAUAAACAAAAAAUGGAAACUGAAAAUAUAAGUGUCGAUGAGUUUUUGCCCGCAAAGAAUCCAAUCAAGCUCAAAAAUGUGAAGCGAAGAGCCGUGUCUGAAUCAGGGGAUGUUAUGGAAGUUGAAGAGCACAAUGGUAUCCAAGGGAAAGCUAAACACACACGGCCUAAAGCAAAGAGGUCGAAGAAAAACCAGGAACCUAACGAGACCAAAGUUAACAUGAGAAAAAUCCCAGUCCCCGCUCACAGAUACACCCCACUCAAAGAGGCCUGGCUGAAGAUCUUCACACCAAUUGUGGAGCACCUGUUCCUGCAAGUGCGGUUCAACACCAAGACGAGGAAUGUGGAGAUCAAGGUUGGCCCGGAGACUAAAGAUGUCGCCAACCUGCAGAAGGCUGCUGACUUUGUUAAGGCUUUCAUCUACGGCUUCGAAGUAGAAGACGCACUCGCGCUCCUCCGACUAGACGACUUAUUCGUGGAAUCAUUCGAAAUCAAAGACGUCAAGACUCUCCAAGGGGACCAUUUGGGCCGCGCCAUCGGCCGCCUCGCCGGCAAAGCUGGACGGACAAAGUUCACCAUCGAAAACGUCACCAAAACCAGAAUAGUACUCGCGGACUCUAAGAUACAUAUUCUGGGUAGUUAUCAGAACAUUGCGCUGGCUAGGAGAGCUAUAUGCAACCUGAUUAUGGGUUCGCCUCCGUCAAAGGUGUAUGGCAAUUUGAGGAAUGUAGCGAAUAGGGUAGCGCAGAGGAUGUAGUUAAUAAAAUAUAUUUAUGCA